AUGCGACAUCAGCUCCACAUAGCAGCCUCUGAAUCUCGCAUUCCCCCCACUCUUAGUUCUGGUUGGCGAAUCACCCUGCGACUCGAGUCGAUGAGCUUCGGUCCUGAUGACUCCGGAAUACUCGAGUUCAAGACGGAAGAGGAGGCUGAAGAAUACCUGGGGAACCUAGGUUCCAAGUUUGAGUACGGUUGCCAUCGCGAGGGGAACCCAAUUCAAUGCCACUCCUUGGCCCGUUGGUACGCCAGUUACAAACGUGACUUCGCCAAGUCCGAGGAUGUAUAUCGUCAAAACUGCUUUCACCGUCGAUAUGCUGAAAGCUGCAGCAACUACGCCUUUUACAAGCUCUUCGGCGCCACCGCCAUCAAGCGCAACGCCUCUCAGGCCUUUGAAGCCCUUAAAUUCGGUUGCCACGUUUGUGAACACCCCAAAUGCUGCCAGGGCGCCGGUGAGUUGCUGCUAGAAGGUGCCAUUGAUGCGAAACAGGCCGCCAGCGAGAGUACGAUGGAUUAUUUUACCCGAGGCUGUAGAUUAAAUCUACCGGCUAGUUGUUUCUACCUCGGUGGUCUCUAUCAUCACCGCGCGGAGGCGCAGCGAGUGGCAGAGGUGGAACUGACGGGUGUUGCGCAGCGGCGAACACUAUCGGAGCUCGAGGCAGAGCUUCGUCGCUCCGCUGCGGCGGCAUGGGUGCGCGCCUGCGAGUUGAAUGGUCACGAGCUGGCCUGUCGCAACGCAGCACGCGCUUAUCGCAUUGGCGAUGGGGUUGAACGUGAUGAAGCCAAGGCUGCUGCGUUUGAAGCCCGCAUAAACCAGGUUCCCCCUGAGAAGACGUGA